UGGGGGGCUCGAUUGGCUGUCCAGCUGGCACUGACACUCCCUGGGAGCCUGGUGGCAGCCGGAGGUAAACAGCAUGUGCAGUCCCGCACUCUAUAUUUAACAGCUGCAGCAGAGCAGGCAGGAGGCAGGGAGCAGCGGCCGUGCCGGGCUCCCGUCUUCAGGGAGAAGGGCCUCGCGGCCAGGCUGGCACCGGCCCUCGCCGGGUGAUCGUCACCAUGCCUGCCUCCCAGAGCCGGGCCCGGGCCCGGGACCGCAACAACGUCCUCAACCGGGCCGAGUUCCUGUCCCUGAACCAGCCCCCCAAGGGGGCCCCGGAGCCCCGCAGCUCGGGCAGGAAGGCCUCGGGCCCCUCGGUGCCGCCCCCACCGCCCGGCGACGGGGCCCGCGAGCGGCGCCCAUCGCAGCAGCUUCCCGAGGAGGAUUGCAUGCAGCUGAAUCCCUCCUUCAAGGGCAUCGCCUUCAACUCCCUGCUGGCCAUUGACAUCUGCAUGUCCAAGCGCCUGGGGGUGUGCGCCGGCCGGGCCGCGUCCUGGGCCAGCGCCCGCUCCAUGGUCAAGCUCAUUGGCAUCACGGGCCACGGCAUCCCCUGGAUCGGAGGUACCAUCCUCUGCCUGGUGAAGAGCAGCACGCUGGCCGGCCAGGAGGUGCUUAUGAACUUGCUUCUAGCCCUGCUCCUGGACAUCAUGACGGUGGCAGGCGUGCAGAAGAUCAUCAAGCGGCGCGGCCCGUUCGAGACGAGCCCCAGCCUCCUGGACUACCUCACCAUGGACGUGUACGCCUUCCCCGCCGGGCACGCCAGCCGCGCGGCCAUGGUGUCCAAGUUCUUCCUCAGCCACCUGGUGCUGGCGGUGCCCCUGCGCGUCCUGCUGGUGCUCUGGGCCUUCUGCGUGGGCCUGUCGCGGGUGAUGAUCGGCCGCCACCACAUCACCGACGUCCUCUCCGGCUUCAUCAUCGGGUACUUCCAGUUCCGCCUGGUCGAGCUGGUCUGGAUGUCCUCCAACACCUGCCAGAUGCUCAUCUCCGCCUGGUGAGCCGCCCGUGCGCGGCUGCGCGGCCGGGGGCGGCCCACGGGGCAGCAGGAGGACACGGGGCUGGCAGGGGAGGGGGGACCAGGCAGCCCCAGCCCCCUCCCCCAUCUUGGUUGGAGGCUGGCGACCUCGGGUGGGUCCACCAGCGACGGGUGGGUCCCUCCGGGUCCCUCCCAUCAUGCCGGGCGCACACUGCUCCUUUAACCAGACUCCGCGUCCCUCCAUAGUCGGGCUGGGGCCAGCCCUGCUCGGCUUCUGCUCUGGAGGUACCAGGCAAGAACCAGGAUCGGGGGAGAGGGGCCAAGUCUUGUCCUAUCCUUUCAUCAUCACGCCUGUUGCGUUCCUGGCUGUGCCCACCUGACCACAGCACGACACCCAGCGAAAUGCCCAAAACCCACCGCCCA